GCAGGGACACGGACACACACAGGGUGUCUUGCUGCUCGCAGUAGAGGAGUGAGUCUUUAGUAGUCCACAGUCUGCCUGUGGUAGAAGUAAACACUGCGUAUAUUAUUCUUCAUCGCAUUCAUUUAUCGGUUGGGGAUUAUCUGCUUGAGGACAGACCUUUCUGUGAGGACUGCAGCAGCCACUCUGAGGGGAAAUAUUAUUUCUACUCGACACUCAAAAGAAGACGACUGUGUGGUCAAGACUACUGGUCCCCUGACGAAUCCAAACCUCCCGAUGAUUGCUCAUCCUGACAAUCAAGAGAUGUCGCCCUGAUUGCCGUUUGUCGGGCACAGCUUUUCGUUAAGCAAGAUGUCAACCACAACAGAAAAUGGGAUGGGAGGGCCUUGGAACACAAGCAGAGAGAAAACGUAUAAGAAGACCACGUCAUCGGCCUUGAAGGGCUCCAUUCAGCUCGGUAUUGGCUACACAGUGGGCAACCUCACCUCCAAGCCUGACAGAGAUGUGCUUAUGCAAGACUUCUAUGUGGUGGAGAGUGUCUUUCUACCCAGCGAGGGAAGCAACUUGACCCCAGCCCAUCACUAUCCCGACUUCCGCUUCAAGACCUAUGCCCCGCUGGCCUUCCGCUACUUCAGGGAUCUGUUCGGCAUCAAGCCAGAUGACUACCUGUACUCCCUGGUAAAUGAGCCUCUGAUAGAGCUGGCCAACCCGGGGGCGAGCGGCUCCCUCUUCUACCUAACCAGCGAUGACGAGUUCAUCAUUAAAACCGUCCAGCACAAAGAGGCCAAGUUUCUCCAGAGAUUGCUACCUGGAUACUACAUGAACUUGAACCAGAAUCCACGCACGCUGCUUCCCAAGUUUUACGGCCUAUACUGCAUCCAGUCUGGAGGCAUCAACAUUCGACUGGUGGUGAUGAACAAUGUGCUGCCUCGCUCCGUCAAGAUGCACUACAAAUAUGACCUGAAAGGAUCCACCUACAAGAGGCGAGCGUCCAGGAAAGAGAGGGAAAAGACCUGUCCGACCUACAAAGAUCUGGACUUUCAGGACAUGCACGAGGAAGGGCUUUACUUUGACGCAGAGACGUACAACAACCUAAUGAAGACUCUACAGAGAGACUGUCGGGUGCUGGAGAGUUUUAAGAUCAUGGACUACAGUCUGCUGCUGGGUGUGCACGUCCUGGACCAGAGCCAGAGAGAGGGGGGCGAGUUGGGCCAGGCAGGGGGCGACGGCAGGAGACCUGUGGGUCAGAGGGUCCUUUACUCCACCGCCAUGGAGUCCAUCCAGGGAGACGGCAGGGCAGCUGAAGCCCUCACCACAGACGACACGAUGGGUGGCAUCCCUGCCAAAACACACAAAGAAGAAAAGCUGCUCAUCUUCCUGGGUAUCAUAGAUAUUCUUCAGUCAUACAGGUUCAUUAAAAAGUUGGAACACUCAUGGAAAGCCCUGGUGUACGAUGGUGACUCCGUGUCGGUGCACCGGCCCGGCUUUUACGCCAGCCGCUUCCUCAAGUUCAUGAGCACACGGGUCUUCAGGAAGACUCAGCCACUUCGAUUCUCCCCUUCAAAGAGGACUCGCACUUCCAUCCCAGCUCUGAAGUCGUCCUCUCAGGAGAUCCUUUCAUCGCAGGCAGAUGAGAGGAACGAGGAGGACAGGAGGGACAGGCUGGGAGGAGCCCGCAGCCUCGCCAGUCUGGAUGGACAAGCUGUGUUCGGUUCAUACCUGCGUCCUGAUCUGGUCCCUGCCAACCCGUUGUUCUACGAGGGCUCCUCCAUGGGAACCAUCUCCACCUCCUCCAUCUUUGUCAACGUGGACAACCAAACAGAGGACAGGGAUGACGUUGCAUCCAGCUCCACAUUUACCCUGGAGGACAGUGCUAUCUGCCUCACUUCUGAGCAGAGCACCAUGGAUGUGGACAUAGACCGUGAUGACGGAUCUGUUCUCGAUGUCUACUUGUGAAAGAGCAGCUUUACAACCUUCAUUUCCUCCUGCCAAUCAUAAGACAAUCGCCGCACUCCAUUGGACAGGCCCGACAGGCCUUUAACUCCACUUCCAGUGCCGAUAGAUCCAUGUUGCCACUUGUAUUGCCAAGACAUAAAAAGACUGAGACUCGCCACCGGUUGAAGGACUAAAAGAAGACACAAACAAAGUCACAGCAAAGGACAUCUGCAAAACCAUGUGACAUAUCAUGUAAUGUGAUGAACAUCGGGCUGAACUGAGUGUCGCUUUUUAGAGCAUGCGUCAAUUCAGUGCCAUUAAGUUUUAUAUAUGUAUCCUGUUUUCAUGGCCUACACAAGGAUCUAAAUAUUUACUACAUAUACACACGAGGACAGGCUAGAUACAAAUCAUACAUUUCUUUGAAUGUUUUGUUUUUUUUUUAUUCUGCAGACCACAAAGAAAUGAAAGACACUUUCAAAACUUGCAACUGCAUUAGUUGCUGAUCAGAUGAGAAAUGUUUACAGUGAAUUUAUGAUGGUAUCCUCGUCCCCGAUGAAGGGGGACGGGACAGUGUCACACAAAGGACACAAGCCAGCUUGUAGCCACAGGCAACACGGAUGAAGAAAGACUCAUAUGAACAGAUUUGAUUCUGAAGCUACCAGGGCCAAACACAGACUGUGACGUGGUUAAAGUGGCCACCUUUUCCUAACUGGGCUGUUAUCGGUGCUGCCCUGGCGCGAACCUGAAGCGGCUGGAAAGUGGCGUGAGAAAAGACAGUUACUGGCUCUUGGAUGAAGCACAGAGUGGAGGGACAAUGCACUUGCUCUUCACAAAAAGGCACUUUUGACAUAGGUUAUGAUUACUGUAAGAAAUAUUUUUCUCUUAGGACGUUGCUUAGGUGGGUGGGCUACCUGACAUAAGCACAGAUUUGGAUGUGUGAAUAUGCACUUUUUUUUUUCCCCCUCUUUUUACUCUACAAAUGCACACCUCUGUAAGUCAUUGAUACUACAUGUACAGAGACAUUGAAGGAACUUUGUAGAUCAUUUUUGAUGUGGAGCUACUAGUUUUGUGAGGUUUGCGUCACGACUGAAGAUGCUUUUACUCAGGAUAUCCUUUGAUACUGAAUAAGUGUGUCCUCUUCAAGAAGUUAUGAGACAUGCAUCCUACACUUAGAAGCCGUCUGAUACCUCUUCAAGACCAUAUCCAACUAUAAAUGUUGAAUUCCACGAUCACACGUCAGUUGAGACCAUAAUUUAUGUAAAUCUCAAUAUUUUACCAUUUGCUGAAAAAAAAAAAAAAAAACUUUAAUCGCUGAAUGUAAAGACAAUGCAUAUUUAUAUAUAGAAGAGACUCAUAUAAAUAAACUGCUAAAAAUUCA